AUGGCUGACGUGGUUUCAACGCCUAUACUGACCGACAAUCAAAACAAAUCGGAGCUAUGUAGUGGCGACAGUGAUUACGGUAGCCAGCACGCCAAUGGCAGCUUUCCGAUGGAGGUGGAGGAAGCUAACCAUGUUAAGCAAGAGCCAGCAUUGGGUUCGUUCGAAGCCGCCCUCGCUGCAGCAGCAGCCGGAGCCACCCACCGAAAGAAAGAGAACGCGCCGCCACCGAAGAAGGUGAAAGAGGAAUACUCUGACGAUGAUGACAUCCCGUGGGCUGAACGUAUGGCGAAGGAGAAGAAGGAGAAACCAGUUGAGAAGAAGAAGGACAAGAAAAGAAAGGGUGGAAGCGACAGUGAGGACGAAUACAAACCGGAGGUUUCGGAUGAAGAUGACGUCCCAUGGUCUCAACGGUUGAAGAAGGAAUCGGUUCCAUCGGCAAAGAAGAAACCGAAGAUAGAAGCUGAUUCAGACUUUGAGGAAAAGAAACCAAAGAAAGGCAAAAAGAAUAAGAAACAUGAAAGUGACAGUGAAGAAGACUAUACUGAGUCCAAGAAGUCCUCAAAGAAGGAGGUUAAGAAGGAGAACGGUGAACCAACUCAGAGAAGAAAGAAGAAGGAAGAGGAACCAGAAGAUGUCUGGGAAUGGUGGAAGGAAGAGAAGAAACCAGCUGGUGUGAAAUGGAACAGCCUUCAUCACAAGGGGCCACUUUUUGCUCCUCCGUAUGAACGCCUGCCAGAGCACGUGAAGUUCAAGUAUGAUGGCAAGGUUGUCCUCCUUUCUGAGGAAGCGGAAGAAGUAGCAACGUUUUACGCAAAAAUGUUGGACCACGAAUACACAACAAAGGACGCCUUCAACAAAAACUUUUUCCGUGACUGGCGAAAGGUAAUGACUCCCGCUGAGCGCGAAUUGAUUACUGACCUCACAAAGUGUGACUUCCGGCAAAUGGAUGUUUAUUUUAAAGAACAGUCAGAAAUCCGGAAGUCAAUGAGUAAGGAGGAAAAAGCCAAGAUCAAGGAAGCCAAAGAAGCCGAAGCCAAAAUAUAUGGAGUCGCCUAUAUCGAUGGUCAUAAACAAAAGGUUGGGAACUUCAGGAUAGAGCCACCUGGUUUGUUUCGUGGACGAGGUGGUCACCCAAAAAUGGGUAUGCUGAAGAAGCGAAUUCGACCCGAAGAUGUGAUCAUCAACUGUUCCAAGGAUAGCGAAAUUCCAGUAGCUCCAAAUGGUCGCAAAUGGAAGGAGGUUCGGCACGAUAACACUGUAACAUGGCUUGUAUCUUGGACAGAAAACGUUUUAGGGCAAAACAAAUAUAUCAUGUUAAAUCCGAGUAGUAAGAUCAAGGGUGAAAAAGACUAUGAAAAGUACGAAACCGCGCGACGUUUGAAGACUCGAAUUGACGACAUUAGGGCCGUAUAUACUGCUGAUUGGAAAUCGAAGGAGAUGCGUGUGCGACAGAGAGCAGUCGCGCUCUACUUCAUCGAUAAGUUGGCUCUUCGAGCAGGUAACGAGAAGGACGUUGACGAAGCGGCUGAUACUGUUGGUUGUUGCUCGCUGCGUUGUGAACAUAUCAAAUUAUACGAGAAACUCGACGAUAAGGAAUACGUGGUUGAGUUUGACUUCCUUGGUAAGGACUCCAUUCGCUAUUUCAAUCAAGUGCCGGUCGAAAAGCGGGUUUUCAAAAAUCUCCAACUUUUUAUGGAUAACAAGGAACCUGGUGACGAUCUCUUCGAUAGACUUGAUACUGCUUCACUGAACGAACACUUACGCUCUCUUAUGGACGGUCUUACUGUGAAGGUGUUCCGUACUUACAACGCAUCUAUCACCCUUCAGCAGCAACUGGCCAAAUUAACAAAUCCUGACGACAAUGUCCACCAGAAGAUGCUUUCAUACAACAGAGCAAAUCGGAUGGUUGCAAUUUUAUGUAACCAUCAACGCGCAGUACCAAAAGGGCACGAGAAGGCUAUGGAGAAUUUGGAGCAAAAGAUAAAAGAUAAAAAGCGCGAGCUCAAAGAAGCUAAAGCUGAAUUGGAAAAAGCAAGAGGCGCCGCCAAAGAAAAGGCACGAAAGAAAGUUGAUCGCUUGAAAGAACAGCUGAAAAAACUCAAAAUCAGCAGAACUGACAGAGACGAGAAUAAGCAAAUUGCGUUGGGCACCUCAAAGCUCAACUACCUGGAUCCUCGAAUUUCGGUGGCUUGGUGCAAGAAAUUUAACGUGCCAAUAGAAAAGGUGUUCAAUAAAACCCUGCGAGAAAAGUUCCGUUGGGCUAUCGACAUGACUAUGUCAUCAGAUGAAGAGUACAUUUUCUGA